CUUGGCGUUACGGGGCAUUUUGCCUGUAGAGGUUGGAGAUCCUGUGAAUGCGGUCCUUCAAGGAAGCAGGUUGCAGGGACCUCUGCUUCGUGGACCCCAUCCUGCCAUCCUCUGAGUGGCCAGCAGUUGGCCUUCAGGAGGAGUUAUCCAAUGAGGUCCUGAGCAGACAGUGUGAGCUGUGACUGAAAUCCGGCUCCUUCUUGUCAUCAAGCCACACUGAGAAGCGGAUGCCACGUGGGCUGGAAGCACAGAUGACCAGACUCGCACGGGCUGUCUUCUCUCCCGGAGUAUGUCUUCCCCAGACGCAGCUGUGCCCCCGGAAGACAACAGGAUGACCAAGGCCAAGAAGACCGAGGUUGAAGUUGAGUGUUUGGUGUCCCAGGAGAUGGUGACGUUCAGGGAUGUGGCCGUGGUCUUCAGCGAGGAGGAGCUGGGCCUGCUGGAUGCUGCCCAGAGGAAGCUGUACCACGAUGUGAUGCUGGAGACCUUCAGGAAUGUGGUGUCACUGGGGCAUCAGCUCAUGACUCCAGAUGUUUUACCCUGGCUCAAGAGAGAUGACCUGCUUUGGAUGUUGAUCACUAGCUGCAGCAGUGAGUCUACAGGAGCCAGGAGUCUAAAUGAGACGGAGUUGCUUCAGGAGGUAGGAUGGAGGUACCUGCCGCACGAGGAGCUUUUCUGCUCAGGAAUCUGGCACCAAGUUACAAGGGAGUUAACCCAGGGUCGAGACUGCAUGGGGAACGCUGGAGAAACUGGCUCUCCGUUGGGGAAACGGGAUGGUGUCCAGUGUGAAGACGCCGGCUUCAGUAAACAUUCUGAUCAGAAUUUAUUUCUUCAAGUUCACCAUGGAGAAUGCCAUGAAGAAGAGACAUGUGUGAAAAUUUCCGGUUGCAGCCACCAUCUUCACGCUCUUCCAGGAGAGAAGCCUUACAAGUGUGAGAGCCGUAACACCUUCCAUCGGGUCUCAAGUCUUCAGUGCCGCCAGAGAGUGCAAGAAAGACACAGAUCACACAAGUCUGACACACUGUUCAGAAAUCUCGGUCAAAGGCCACCCUUUCAUCACCACCAGAGCGUCCCCACUGCAGAAAACUCAAACGAAUAUGAGGAGUGUGGGACUCCUGGGAAAAACUCAUGUGGUGAGACCCCUCUGUUAGUCCACACAAGAGAGGGACCCCAUAAAUGUGAGGCGAGUGGGGCGGGCUUCAGUCAGAGCACGUAUCUCUCUGUGGAUCGGCGAGUCCAUUCUGGAAAGGAACCAUUUCAGUGUAAAGAACGUGGGAAGGGCUUCAGCUGGUUUUCAUGGCUGCGUGCCCAUCAUGGAAUCCACACCGGAGAGAAACCGUACAGAUGUGAUGUCUGUGGCAAGAGCUUUAGCUACAGCUCACACCUUAGCAUCCAUAGUAGAAUGCACACAGGAGAAAAGCCCUAUAAGUGUGGGGAGUGUGGGAGAGGCUUCAGUGUAGGCUCGCACCUCCAAGCUCAUCAGAUAAGCCACGCUGGAGAGAAACCGUACAAAUGCGAGGCAUGUGGGAAAGGCUUCUGUCGGGCCUCGAAUCUUCUGGACCAUCAGCGAGGCCACACUGGAGAGAAGCCAUAUCAAUGUGAGGCUUGUGGGAAGGGCUUCAGUCGGAGUUCUGAUUUUAACAUUCAUAUUAGAGUCCACACGGGUGAAAAACCCUACACGUGUGAGGAGUGUGGGAAAGGCUUCAGCCAAGCCUCAAACCUUCUGGCCCAACAGAGAGGCCACACUGGCGAGAAACCCUACAAAUGUAGCACGUGUGGGAAGAGCUUCCGUCGGAGUUCAGAUCUGAACGUUCACUGUAGAAUCCAUACCGGAGAGAAACCCUACAAAUGCGAGAAAUGUGGGAAAGCCUUCAGUCAGUUCUCGAGUCUUCAGGUGCAUCAGCGGGUCCAUACGGGAGAGAAACCAUAUCAGUGUGCAGAGUGUGGGAAGGGCUUCAGUGUGGGUUCACAGCUUCAAGCCCAACAGAGGUCCCACACCGGAGAAAGACCCUAUCAGUGCGAGGAGUGCGGGAAAGGCUUCUGUCGGGCCUCCAAAUUUCUAGCUCAUCGCGGAGUCCACACAGGAGAAAAACCCUACCAAUGCGACGUGUGUGGCAAACGCUUCCGGCAGAGGUCCUACCUCCAGGCCCACCAGAGGAUCCACACUGGCGAGAAACCGUACAAGUGCGAGGCGUGUGGGAAAGGCUUCAGCUGGAGCUCAUAUCUCCAAGCCCACCAGAGAGUUCACACUGGAGAGAAACCGUACAAGUGUGAGGCCUGCGGGAAAGGCUUCAGCUGGAGCUCGAGCCUUGUGAUUCACCAGCGAGUCCAUGCUGACGCUGAAUGUGGCAAGGGUCCUUCUUCAUCAGAGGAUUCAUAUGGGAAAUAAACUCUACAAACUUACGUCUAAUCCAAACUGUCAAAGAGCACAGAAAAUCAUCUCAUAAUUGGGAGUGUGUAUCAGCUAGAGUUAUCAUAGAUUCUCGUGGUGUUUGGGAGACCAGACAUCAGAGGGAACUAGUGUGGACCUUUGAUUGUUUCGUUCAGAAUCUUGACCCUAAUCAGAUCCAUGCAGACAAGAUGCCCGGAAAAGACAAACCUGACCUGGAAUUAACUAGAGGCACAAACCUAUUAGAGUGUAAAUCCUACACUCCAAUAGAAGGGAGACAUCAUUCACAGUCAAAUUUUCCCCGCCUUUCCAGUGCCUUUCAAUAAUUGUUAAGAAAGCCAGACAUAAUGGCUCACAGUUGUAAUUGCAGCUCUCGGGAGGCCGAGGGGAGACCUUGUCUAUAGGAUCAGCCUGAGCUAUGGUGUGAGACCCCCAUCUCAACACACCAAAAUACUAACAAUAAGCCAUGUGAGGAACAAUCGUUUGAAAGGUUUUAUUAAAUUCUCUCCGAGAGUUUCUAUAAAGACGUUCUCAGGAGUGUUCUAGAAGGCUUGCAGAGCAUAUGAAUUAGAUGUCUCUGCUCCUUUCCCCAAAUCUACAGGGAAUAUUGGUCAGACUGAAGUUCCUAUGGGCAGACAUGGCGUCGUGGACAGCACUUCUGUAUGUUAACAGUAACAGUGCCAACAUGCACAAGUCACAUUCAGGCCUUCCUGAGUUUGGACAAAUGAAUUCACAUGUAAUUCUCUCCAGCACCAGUGUGUGAAUGUUCCUGCUAAGCAGGUGCUUUAUGUCCAUUUCCCGUCAGUCCCGCCUCAGUGGCAACAAGUGCGGCUCCCACAUUGCACUUUAGGUGGGUUUGUUCUUGAGUUUCUCGUAGAUUAAGUGUGGACUAUGGAAUCUUAUCUCAAUAGAUGAAAGAAAACAUUGCACAGAAGCUUCCAUCUGUUCUUGGGAAUAAAUGUUCUCAGUGAGGUAAACUGUGUUUGGAGUCCUGCUCAAAUAUGGUGGUGCACAACUACAAUCUCAGCACUGGGGAGGUAGGGCCAAAUAUGGUGGUGCAUGCUGUCAGGGACCAGCAUGGACAUAAAACAUUUCUUGUACCAGAGUGGAGGUGUGGGAAUAAAUGAGGCACAAUUCAGAUGAUAGUAUUAGUAGGGAGUUUCAGGGAUCAUUUAAAUCCUGAAAUCACCCAUGUUUGUUUUCCAAACAACUUUAAUAUCAAGGUAAACUGAGGGAGGGCAGGCAGUGCAAACUUCCUUAGCAUUGUUUCCUAGGUUGUGGGGGAAUGACUUAGGUCAUGUCCUGUGCAUGCCUAUUUUGUCAUGAAAUGCACCUUAGGUGUUGAUAGUUUGAGUUUAAAAGUCCCUCCCUCAGAGGGGAAUCCUGGGCCCAGCAAUGACCACAAGAAAGGAACAGACUUGCUCUCAUCUGGUUCUGCUUUAAGGUCAGGAAUUGGUUCUACCAGCACACGCUGGGUUUCCUUGGUGACGCCGUGGGCAGCUCAGCCAUCUUCUCAGAUCCAGAUCUUUGUCCCUGCUUUUGUCUCUGGCUCUUCUCAACCCCCUUUUCAGUUUGCUUCUCAGUAACGUUUAGAAUCAGCUUUGUGAUUUUUAAAUGCAAGCUCUGGUUUCGUUUGGGACUGCACUGGAUAUAUAAUUAAUUUCUGGACAGUUAACAUCUUAACAAUAUUGACUGUUGCAGCAAUCAAUACAGUAUGAUUUGCCCAGAACUCUGGGUUUCCUUCAAUACAGAUGUGUAGUUUUCAGCAUAGAGAGUCUGUACAUAUUUUAUUCAAUUUAUACAUAAGCAUCCCACA